AUGGAAUUCGACGACGAGAUGGGCUUCGGCAGCUCGGCCCCUCCGGCGUCGUCGCGCUCGAACAGUCGGGCGCCCCGCGCCCGGUGCCAGGCCCCGCAGGAAUCGGUCAAACAGUUCUGGGAACAGUUCAACACCAAGUACCCCGGGAAAGUGUAUACGGUGUUACCAGAUAACCCAUAUGCACGCACGCGGGCCAAGCGCGUUCCCAACGGAGUGAUUCAGGGCCACGCGGCUGUCAAGUCGUACGAGCAGGCGCGGCGAGAGUGCCAAAUCUCGGUCGAGCGCAUCGUUAAGGAGUGCCAGCGGGUCAAUCAAAAGUAUACUGACCCGCACUUUGAUAUUGAGCUGGAUCUCAAGUCUAAUCGGAGACACUACCUCGAUGAGCUGGACAAAGUCAAUGAUAUCAUGAAGCCUCGGGGCGUGAAAAGAGUGACGGAGAUUUUUGAGAACCCCCAUUUCUAUGUCAAUGGGCCCACAGCGUCGGACGUGCGCCAGGGGUACGAUGGCGACUGCUGGCUGAUGGCAGCGCUGUGUACAAUGGGCAACAAGGCCGGGCUGAUCGAGAAGAUCUGUGUCGCCCGGGAUGAGACGGUUGGCAUCUAUGGGUUUGUCUUUUAUCGCGACGGCGAGUGGCAGCAAUGUAUCGUGGAUGAUAAGCUGUAUCUGCGUGCGGCCGACUAUGACGAGUCCAACGAGGAGCGAAUGACUUGGGAUCUCAUCAACCGCACCGACACCGAAGAAGAGUACCGCCGCGUAUGGCAAACAGGCUCACGGGCACUGUACUUUGCCCAGUGCGUGGAUCCGAAUGAGACGUGGCUGCCCCUGCUCGAAAAGGCAUUCGCCAAGGCCCAUGGCGACUAUACCGCGAUUGAAGGCGGGUUUGUCGGUGAAGCCAUUGAGGAUUUGACUGGAGGCGUCACCUCUGAGGUUCUGUCCAGCAAUAUUCUUGACAAGAACCGCUUUUGGACGGAGGAGCUGAUGAAGGUCAAUGAGGAGUUCCUGUUUGGCUGUGGCACAGGUCUCUUCUCGAACUGGUUGGAUGUUCGAUCUCCGCCGCGCGACCGUAAGGGGAUUUCGGAGAAUCAUUCGUACUCGAUCAUGGAGGCGAGAGAGGUGAAGGGGAAGCGUCUGCUUCGGCUGAGAAACCCGUGGGGAAAGAAAGAAUGGCACGGUGCGUGGGGUGACGGGUCGAAAGAGUGGACGGCGGAGUGGAUGGACUUGCUCGGACACAAGUUUGGGGAUGAUGGAUUCUUCUGGAUUUCAUACGAAGACCUCCUCAAGAAGUACCAGCACUUCGACCGGACUCGUCUCUUCGGAAACGAGUGGACCAUCACGCAGCAGUGGACCACCCUGAACGUUCCCUGGUCGGCCGAUUAUCACAGCACCAAGUUUGUCAUGAACGUGACCCAAGCCGGGCCAACCGUCAUCGUCCUUUCCCAGCUUGACAACCGCUACUUUAAAGGACUCGCAGGCGAAUAUAGCUUCGUGCUCAAGUUCCGGGUGCAGAAAGAUGGCGAGGAAGACUACAUGGUGCGCAGCCAUAGCAGCCAUUUCAUGGCCCGGUCCGUGAACGCCGAGAUCAAUCUUGAACCAGGCCGCUACCAGGUCUUGAUGAAGAUCACCGCUUACCGACACGAGGACAUGGAGUCAACCGAGGAGACUGUGCGGCGUCUGGCCUCGACCCACCGCGAGAAGCUUGUGCAAGUCGGAUUAUCCUAUGAUCUAGCCCAUGCCAAGGGCCUAGUUGCCGAAACGGAUCAAGAGCGGUAUGACGCGGAGAGACGCAAAGGGAUUGAAUGGAAGAAGCUCCGUGAUGAGACCAAGCGCAAGCUGCAGAAAGAAUGGAUUCGAGAGCGCAAGAUGGGCGCUCGGCAGCAGCGCCAGGCUGCACGUCACCCACGCAGGAUGACCAACGGCGCAUCUCCCGAGCGAGGUCCCAUUCCUGGGCAGAUCCUGGCAGAGAACAAGGCAACUCAAUCCCCGACGGAAGUUGGGAGCAUCUCCAGUGACACCAGUGACCGUAAGUCCACUAACAACGGCUCGGUCCCGACGAUCCAGUUCAACGGACUUCAUGCACGACCUGCAAGUCGUUCGGGGCACCGGGGAACCGAGUCUCCUCGCCCAAGCCUGAACACACGCCUUGCCAACGACAGCCUGGACAUGAGUGAUUUGGAACUGCUUGAUGGUUUCGAAUUCGACAGUGACUUGGACAUGCCGCUCGAGGAGCCGAAGAACCGGCCUCCGUUCUCUGAUAUGGACAGCCCUGCCGAGGAUCCCUGGAACGCGGUCUGUGUGGUUGGAAUGCGUGUCUACUCCAGGGAUUCGAAGCUGAGCCUCCAAGUAAUGCACCCAAGGCCAGAGGAUGACACCGAGGCUCCCCUGGACCGGGAUGAUCCUGCGGCGUCGGCCACCCUUGAGAAGUCCUUUUGGAGUACCCACAUCUCGCCGUGA